AUGAAGACAGAGCAUAUUUUCAUUCCACAAUUUAAUCCCGUCGUCGGAAGAAUGCAAUGGAAAGAUGUAGAUCCAGAUUAUGAAUUUAACCAAGAAAUAGCUCGAUCUGGAUAUGGUGAUAUGCUUCAUGAUUCCGAUCGAAAUCAUAAGUAUCGAUUAGCUAUCGAACACACCAUUAAACGUCUUAAACAGCAGUAUCCAAAAAAUCCUGUCCAUGUGCUCGAUAUUGGAACUGGAACUGGUCUACUGAGUAUGAUGGCUGCUAAUGCUGGAGCUGAUUUAGUUACUGCCUGUGAAUCCUUUCUUCCAAUGGCAACAUGCGCACUCAAUAUAUUACGGAACAAUGGGUUUAGUGACAAAAUUAACGUCAUACCGAAACGCUCCACUGAUUUAAUUGUUGGAGUAGAUAUGCCGUGCAAAGCUAACGUGUUGGUUGCAGAAUUAUUUGAUACCGAAUUAAUUGGUGAAGGUGCCUUAGAAACAUACAGACACGCAGCUGAGCACUUACUAACACCCGAUGCUUCUCUUAUUCCAUGUGCUGCUCAAGUUUAUUUACAGGUUGUUGAAUCUCAAUUUCUUUGGUCUCAUCAUCGUUUAUUCCCAUUUCAAUAUAAAAUUGGUGAUUCGACUAUAGAUAUAAACGAGUUUCAGCAUGCAGAAAUCGAAUCAUGCUCAGGACUUCCAUCAACAUUUGAUAUUCAAGUAUCGGAGAUUCAAUUAGAAGAUAGUCAAUUAAUUUCAUGUGAUAGGCACUUACGCUGUCUUUUGAAGAGUCCUCGAUUGGUUAAACGAUUUAACUUUGGACCACCUGCAGAUCUUAUCAAAUUAAACGAUGUGUUAGAUUUAGAAUGUACUACUUUUGAGUCUGGUACAGCGCAUGCAUUUAUUGUGUGGUGGUCAUUACAAAUGGAGCCUACAAACACAGUUCCACCAAUCAGUGUUGCACCCACUUGGGUAGGAGAUCCUAAUUCUGCUUGGCGGGAUCAUUGGAUGCAAGCGGUGUACUUUCCCAAGACUGCUCACUAUUUAAUCAAAAAUGAGCCGUUUAUGAUUAGAUAUCUUCAUGAUUCAUUGUCCAUGCGAUUCGACAUACUUUCUGUACGUAAUUUUAAUGCUAAACCUGAUACUUCUUCACUUGAUGUCCGAAAUGAAAUGUCCUGCUUAUCGUGUUCAUGUGAUCUUCAUCGUGUAUGGCCCCGAACGCGCAUUUCCGAGUUGAAUUCGUCGGAUUACAAAACAUUUUCCACUAAAAUCAUUAAUUCACUUAUUACGGUAUCACAAAAAUACCCAACUUCAUUAUUUAAUUUAUUAAUGGUUUCAGAUUGUACAUAUUUACCUUUUUUACUCGGAAAAAGUUUAGCAAAACAUGUAAAGCAGUCUCAGUUAGUCCAUUUGGAUACGUCACCAUCAUCGUGUUUACUUUUAGAUCGUAUUUACAAGUCCUUUUCAUCGUCCCGGUCGAUUAUAGAGAGUUGCCAAUCGAUUGAGGAAGUUUUCUCAAGAAUGACUCCUAACAUUUUCACAAAAACUAAUCCGACUGAAUCAACUUUAAUUUUGAUCAGUGAACCGUACAUAAGUUCAUCAAUACUUCCUUGGGAUUCUUUAUACUUUUGGUACGCCUUUCAGAACUUGCUUUCACAUAACCCAGCUUAUUCAUCUUUGUAUUUAUUUAGCCCUGUUAGACUGCGCAUCUAUGCUAUUCUGGUUGACUUCAAAUAUCUUUGGCGCAUUCGUUCGCCAGUUGGAUUCACUUGUGAAUCUUUUGAUCUACGCCCUUUUGAUGAUUUAGUUUUAAAUGCAUCGGCUAAAAGUGAUGAGUUAAUUGAACCACAUCCUCUCUGGGAAUAUCCUAAUACGGCUAGAUCGGAUGCUUGUGUCAUUUUUGAUAUGGUUCUACCAAAUAGCUCCGAUUUGGGUUCAGAUUUCCAGUAUGCUGAUUCUAAAAAGUUAAUUCAUUGCAAACAAAACACUUUAACUGCAUCAUCCUCAUCUGUUAAUGGUAUGGCAUUGUGGUGCGAAUGGCUCUAUAAUACCCCUGCUACACACCAUUCCAACGAAACUUGGUGGUAUGCACCAGCUGGUCCCAACAAAAUUACAACUUUAAAUGAGCCUAUUUCUUGGAAAUCUCGUGGAACACAGCAGGGUGUUUUUCUUUUUCCGUCAGAAUGGAAGACAAAAAUUUCAUCAAAUAACUUACUACGAAUUUCCGCAUGUAUGGAUUUUGAUAUUUCGACAGGAGUUUUGUCCCCGUCAUUUAAAAUAAUAUAAAGAUUCCUUACCUUUUUUUCUUACCUUGUUAUAUUUUGCUGUUUUUGGGGUAAAAUCAAACAAUUUUUAUAAAAAUAAGAAGUCUUCCUUAAAUCUCCCUAUCUUACUCUUAUAAGAUGGCCGGAAAUUAUGAUGUAAAUAUUCAAAAUCAUGAAUAACUAUCUAGCCAGUGACCUAUUGUUUCUUCCGAUUCACAGUUGAUCAUAUUUAAAUUGAC